CAUGUUUUAUGGCUUUUAAAGUCUUGUUUUCAAAGCAAUUCACUGGAAGUGUUAAUCACUUCCUAAUCAUAUCUGUGACCAAAUCCAUCACAAUUGAUGUGUUUAUUAUCUGCACACAAAUUACAUGCCAUUUGUUUGGACGCAAUGUUAAGGAAAUGUUUCAGACUCUUAGCCAUUAAUAAUCGUCACUUGAGUUCACAGAUCAGUGUUAAGACCAGCGAAGAUGUGACUAAACGUAGUGAUGGGAGAGCCGUGUCUGCGGCAGAGGGUCUUCAACACAAGACUUUGACACAACAGGAGAGGCAGGAAUUGGCGAAAGUCAUCAAAAGUCCCGUUCAUAUGGACUCGUAUUGGGAGAUGAAGUUGGAGGAGAAGAUCCCGCAGAAGGUGAAGUGGUUGGACUCAAAGGGAGGCCUUUCCGUCGACCUCUUGGCCGCAAUGGCCCACAAGUUUGACUUCUCUCUGCAGGGCAUCAAACGGCGACUCCGCUAUUGGAUUGCCUUCAGAGAGAUUUAUAACCAGAGGUAUAUCGCCAGAAGACAUGCCAUAUUAGGUCCCGAGUUGGCGGUCUCUCACUUUGUGGUCUACAGGGGCGGCAAAGUUAGAUUCAGACGUAUUUACCAUUCAUUAAAU